UCACAUUCUCAUUACUUGUUCAGUUCUUUCUCUUAGCACUGAUAGGGUAAGAAACAUUCCCUUUUUUAAUCAAUAAUCAAUUUUAAUCUUAACAAGUAUAAAUUUUAUUCUUGUUUUCUCCCCUCUGAUCCAAUGAACAUCAGAAUCACAGCAAAUCAAGGCUUCUACCUCUUGGGACUGACAUAUGCAUCUCCAACGUUUGCUUCAGCAAUGCAAAACUCUGUUCCUGCAAUCACAUUCAUCAUGGCUUGUACCCUAAGGAUCGAGCACAUAAAUCUUGUUCGAAGACACGGUGUGGCCAAGGUGUUAGGGACUAUAGUGAGCAUAGGAGGAGCCACAACUAUCACAUUGUACAGAGGAUUCCCACUUCUUCAGAGAAGCCUUACCACGCAAGAAACUCACCAUACUCAUGACGAGAUUGACUCCAUUAACAAAUCGCAGAACUGGACACUCGGAUGCUUAUACCUUAUGGGACACUGCUUGUCAUGGGCUGCUUGGAUGGUUCUUCAAGCUCCUGUCCUAAAGAAGUACCCAGCAAAGCUCACUUUGACGUCAUUCACAUGUUUCUUUGGUCUGAUUCAGUUUCUGGUCAUUGCUUUGUUUGUUGAAACUGAUCCCAACAACUGGAUCAUUGGCUCAUGGGAAGAGCUCUUCACCAUCCUAUACGCGGGAAUAGUGGCGUCGGGUCUGGUGGUUUAUCUUCAGACAUGGUGUAUUUACCAAGGCGGUCCUGUCUUUGUUGCUGUCUUUCAACCACUCCAGACACUGCUAGUAGCUGCAAUGGCAUUUGUUGUCCUCGGUGACAAGCUGUAUUCUGGAAGCAUUGUUGGCUCAGUGAUUAUAAUGUUGGGGCUGUACUUAGUCCUUUGGGGUAAAACAGAGGAAAAAAGACAGGUGAAUGAAGCAUCCAGUCAAGAAGAAGAUCAUGAGUCACUCACCAAAAACCUUCUUGGAGAUGAAAGUAAAGAAGCUCAGGAUUCUGAAUCUCCAGUUUAAGACAGCAUAUACCUGAAAACAGAAAUCAAGACAAUCUUCUCUGUAUAUACAUACACAUGACAAGGAUAUAGCAAAUAAGAACUUGGCCAAGCCACAGAUCCUAUAAAAAGAUCUUGUUGGUGGUUUUUUUAUGUUUUGUUUCCUGAGAUCAUUGCUAAGAACAAGCAUUUUGUAUCGUUUCAAUCUUUACUGCUUCCAAUUGAUUUACUUUACGUUUGGAAUA